AUGGAUUUGUGUCUGAAACAAGAACAUUGGAAGAACAGCUACUAUUUAAUAGUCUGCAUUCUUUUUUUCCUGCCAUCUGUUAUUUUAGGGUGGACUGUAAAAAAAUGCAGUGUUGCAGAUAGAUCUGUGCAACUUCGUGAUCCCGUUUUUAGCAAUCGAUGUGCUUUGAAUAAAAACGCGACUUCCCUGGCCUUGUGUGCUAAUGUUACAAAUAUAACUGCUGACAUAUCAGAUGUUCCCUCAACAGUUGAAAUCCUCUGUCUUUCUGGCAGCAACAAGUUCAUUCAAGGUGGCACCUUUGCUAAUUUUAAGAAGAUCUUAUACUUAUUCAUGAAGAUGCCUUUGGUGAGAAUUUACCCAGAUGCCUUCAAAGGACUAGACAAUCUUGAAUCUCUCUCAAUUUCAUUUCUUGGUCAUUCAAUGUGCAAUGAUCUCUAUUUACCCAUGGAUGCCUUUAGUAAUUUACACUCUUUAAAACAUCUCACCCUAGAAGGAUUUAACCUGGUCAAAAGCAUGAGAAUCCGUCUGCCUUCUUUUACAUUUCUCUAUUCCCUUUCACUUCCUGCAAACUGCAUCACUGACUUGUUUCAUGUGUUUAAAAUCUUCCAAAACCUUGUCUCUAUACAUAAUUUAGAUGUGGGAUCUAACAACAUAGAGAGUGUCAAUCUUCAGCACAAACAAAAUAUAAGUCUGCCAAACAUAACAGAGCUUGUAUUGGAGAGAAAUCCUUUAAAUGUCAUCCAGCGAAAAGCCUUAGCAAGAUUUAAUAUAUGUUUUUUGAAUCUUGGUUAUACAAAGUUAAAUUUGGAAGACAUAUUGAACUCUGGAAUGGAGAAGUUGGAUAGUUUAAAUCUUAAGUCUGCAUGUUGGCAUGAAACACACAAAACAGAUAUGUUGUGCUCCAUAGUUGAUAGAUUUCAGCUAAAAACACUCAGUGCACCAGCCAACCGAUUCUUUGGAAUCUACACAAAAGACUUUUUAGGUUGCUCUUCUCUUGAAUUUAUUGAUUUAAACCAUAAUCAUAUACAUAUUGUAGACCCUGACUUACUCUACAUAUUGCCAAAUUUAAAACAACUGCAAUUGUCUUAUAACCGUCUUCCUAUGAAUCUAUGCCCAUUGUCCUAUCAAGAUAAUUUUACAUCAAGUCUAGAAGUGCUGUAUUUCAAUGGCAACAAUAUCCCUGUUUUAAAAAACAGACAAUUCUUUUGCAUGACUAAACUUACAGAUUUAAUGCUAGCUACAAAUGGCAUAGAACACAUUGAAGAAUCAGCGUUUUGGGGGCUGAAUGAUUUGCAAUUAUUAGAUCUAAGAAACAACAAACUUACCUCUUUACAAAUUAGCUCUUUAUCAGGACUUUCUAACUUAAGGGAACUCUAUAUACAAAACAAUAAUAUGGAAGAUAUCCAAAGAUUCUCUUUAAAAAGGCAAACCAAACUCCGCCUUGUGAAAAUUGGCUUUGUGUCUGUUGCUGUUAGUUUUGAAUUGUUUUCAAGCAUAGAGACAUUAGACAUCCAGACAACUGGUAAAUAUAUAGCUGUGAAUAUGAAUGACACUGCAGCUUCCUCUUUGAAAUCACUGAGAGUGAAUGCAAGUCGUGUUGAAUUAGUUAUUAAGUGUGGCCAUCCAUUUUUUUCCACCUUAAGAGAACUAAAAGUAAUCAACACUAAUGAAUUCAUUUCAUGCUCCCGUCAUGUUUCCCUGCUGCAGCAUUUUAAAAAUCUGGAGAAUCUACAAUAUCACUUUACUGGCAUACCUUUGACUAGAAAUGUAAAUUUUUCUAAUCUUCCUCAUUUGAGAAGUUUAGAAGUCAAAAACCUUGCGACAGCUCUUGACCCAAAUGAACCUCCUAAUGAUCUUUUCCAUAAUCUACAUAAACUGGAGAUUCUCAAACUUUUCAAUUGUGGCUUUAAAUACAUCACUGUUGGGUUUCUCAAGGACAUGAGAUCCCUCAAAGUUCUUGUGCUGAAGAAUGAAAUGAUUCUGGCAGUGGACCCAGGAUUACACAAUAUACUGAGUCCAGUUCAAUUCAUAUAUUUGUAUGAUGUGACAUUUCAAUGCGAUUGUGAAAAUUCUUGGUUUGUUACUUGGGCACUGAAAGAGAAACACACGUUUGUAUCAGGGAUCUGUUCUUUAUUUUGCUUUAAGCUUAAUAAGAAGUAUAACCUGGUGGAUUUCGAUGAAAGGAGCUGCAGACUGGAGAUUGGUUUUAUGUUGUUUAUAGUAACAUUUACUUCACUGGUUCUGUUUAUUGUACUAACUUUGCUCUACAAUAUUUUUAAUUCAGAUAUCAUCCAACUUUUUUACGUGUUUCAAAUUUGGUUGAAGAAACUUCGGGGUAAAGCAGACAAUUCCAUUGCAUAUGAAUACGAUGCCUUUGUUUCUUACUGCAGCAGGGAUCAAGGCUGGGUUGUAAAGUACCUUGUCCCUAAUUUAGAAGAAAAACGUAGAAAUACUAUAAAACUGUGUUUGCACAAUAGGGAUUUUCUGGUUGGAAAAGAUAUUGUGGAUAACAUAAUGGACAGUAUCUACAAGAGUAGGAAGACAAUCUGUUUAAUUAGUUACAAUUAUUUACAGAGUGACUGGUGCUCUUUAGAAAUGAGGAUGGCCACCUAUAAGUUACUGGCCGAGAAAAACGAUGAUCUGAUUUUAAUUUUUUUGGAAAACAUUUCUGGUUAUCAUUUGUCGGCAUAUCACAGAUUAGCCAGGAUCGUGAGAAAGAAAACGUACAUAGACUGGCCUCAAGAAGAAACCGAGCAAGCUGAAUUCUGGGAGAGGCUGAGAAUGACAGUUCUGGAGACUAUGGAAAAUUAAGUGAACUGUAGUCAUAGCAUCUGGAUGGGCAAAGGUUUUACAUCCAUGGCUGAUAUAGCGUUUCUCUUUAAUUUCACCCAUAUAACAACUCUAUCCUAACCCAUGUCCUGUUGAGCAAGAAUAUUACUAUAGGCAUGUAAAUAAUAUACAGACAGACCUGUGUAGUGAUAAAGAUUGAUGUUAACAAUUUAGUGUUGU